UUCCGCGAGGAGCGGUUUGGCAAAGCCUCUUUCUGUUAUGUGCGGUGCAUUUUAUUAAUGAAGUCCGCUCGGAAGGCAGAGUUGUUUGCUACUACACAAAUUGGAGUGUCUACAGACCAGGCACAGCGAAAUUCAAUCCACAGAACAUCAAUCCAUACUUGUGUACACAUUUGGUGUACGCUUUUGGUGGAUUUACAAAGGACAAUCAGAUGAAGCCGUUCGACAAGUACCAAGACAUUGAACAGGGCGGCUAUGCCAAGUUUACCGGACUUAAAUCGUACAACAAGCAAUUGAAAACAAUGAUUGCCAUUGGUGGCUGGAAUGAGGCCUCCUCACGCUUCUCCCCGCUUAUGGCGAACCCAGAGAGACGUCAACAAUUCAUUAAGAACAUUUUAAAAUUCCUGCGCCAGAAUCAUUUUGACGGCAUCGAUCUAGAUUGGGAGUAUCCGGCGCAGCGUGAGGGUGGCAAGCAGCGCGACCGCGAUAAUUAUGCCCAGUUUGUGCAAGAGUUGCGCGCCGAGUUCGAGCGUGAGUCGGAGAAGACCGGACGUCCACGUCUGUUGUUGACAAUGGCCGUGCCAGCGGGCAUCGAGAACAUCGAAAAGGGUUACGAUAUACCAAAACUAAACAAAUACCUCGACUGGUUCAACGUGCUCACAUAUGAUUUUCAUUCAUCGCACGAACCAUCGGCUAAUCAUCAUGCUCCAUUGUAUUCGCUGGAGGAAGAGUCCGAAUACAAUUAUGAUGCCGAGUUGAAUAUUGACUAUUCCAUAAAAUUUUAUUUGAAAGCUGGCGCUGACCGCGACAAAUUGGUGUUGGGAAUACCCACCUAUGGACGUUCAUACACGCUCAUCAAUGAAGAGAGCACAGAUAUUGGAGCGCCAUCGGAGGGGCCGGGUGAACAGGGUGAUGCUACCCGUGAGAAGGGAUACUUAGCGUACUAUGAGAUAUGCCAAAAUCUGAAAGAGGAUCCUGAAUGGACCGUUGUGCAACCAAAUCCGAACGCGAUGGGACCUUACGCCUACAGACGCAACCAAUGGGUUGGCUACGAUGAUGAAGCCAUUGUACGCAAGAAAGCUCAAUAUGUCGUCGAAAACGGCCUAGGCGGUAUAAUGUUUUGGGCCAUAGACAACGAUGAUUUCCGUGGCACUUGCAGCGGCAAACCAUAUCCACUGAUAGAAGCGGCCAAAGAAUCGAUGUUAGAGAGCUUGGGACUUGGAAUUAACGAAGUCGCCAAACCAAACGUGCCCAAGAAGCCUUCACGUUCGCGCAGUCGUGAAAAUUCAUCUUCGAAACUCAACCGGAUUAGUGGCAACAGCGAUGGUAAAGGCUCCUCCAGUCGCACAACCUUGAGUAGUGGACGGCGACGAACGCAGUCAGCGACCUCCACUACUACAACACGUGUGCCUGAGACCACAAUACGACUCACCAAUGCAGAAGGUUCCUCAUUGUAUAUUGGCGGUCGUGUUACAACGCCAGCACCACCGACCACACCAGAUCCUGGAGCUGAUUUCAAAUGCGAAGAGGAAGGGUUCUUUCAACAUCCGCGCGAUUGCAAGAAAUACUAUUGGUGUCUGGACAGUGGACCGUCUGGCUUAGGCAUUGUGGGCCAUCAAUUUACCUGUCCCUCUGGCCUAUAUUUUAAUCCCGCAGCCGACUCGUGUGAUUUUGCGCGCAAUGUACCCUGCAAAACCAAAAAAACCACGACGGCGGCACCUAUCAGCAGUACUACUACAACAACCCCCACGCCCCGUCCCACAGCUUCCCUGAAUCGAAUCACGUCUGCUACUUCACGCACAUCUUUCUUUAGAACUACUUCAACCACUACCUCGACCACUUCAUCUCCCAUAGAAUAUGAAGACGAAGAGGAAGAAUUGGGAGAGGAUUUGCCUACUCAUUUUAAAGAAAAAGAUGCUGAAGAAGAUCCACAGGUCAUAAAAGAGCUCAUCGAGCUGAUUCGCAAGGUAGGUGGAAUUGAGGAGCUGGAAAAACAUUUGCUACGUAAGGAUGAUGGCACAAUAUCAAUUAAAAGCAGCUCCAGUGAAUCGAAUGCGGCCACGACUCAAUCGCCGAUUAGCAAAGAUCUCUACGACAAAGUACUUAGCAAACCCAAUACCUACAAUUCGUUCCGUAAUCGCUUCACAUCGUCGUCACUGUUUCGAAAGUCAGGUCAGACGAAUAAACAGGAAGAAGCAAACUCCAAAUUUGAAAGUGAUGAAUCACAAUCUAGUGAAGGCACCAGUAGUAGUAGUUUUUCAAAAUAUUCUUCUGUUGUGCGUGGCAACAGCAGGCAGGGUCCCCAAAAUGAGGGUCUAGACAAAUUGUCGGAUUUCGAUGGCUUCCUAAAAGAAAAGAAACAAUAUGUUACAAUUAAUAGAAAUAGAGGCUCAUUUAGAGGACAAGAGGAUGAAGGUGAAGUAGAAGAAAAACCAGGCGCAGAGCGUGAAAGCAAAGAUGAUGAAGAGGAGGAGUUGAACAUUAAAGAUAAAACUACAAGGCGACCGACGAAUACAGUGACACCCUCGUAUGGGAGCAUACGACGUGCGCGACCAUCGACGGUGCGAACCGAAACAGAAGAGGAAUCUGUUAGCGACGAAGAAGUGAGAACUAAUGAGCAAAAAGAAGAUAAGCGAACAUACAGUACAUUUAGUCGGAAUCGCGGCAGGUAUACAACUACUGAAAGCAACCUAGGACCUGAGGAAGUUGAAACUAAUUCAAAGAAGUACAACUAUCUGGAACGUGCACGCCUUCCAAGUAGACUUCACAAUUCGUUUACCGGCCGGGGCGAGGAAAGUCCAUCCGCAAGCGACGACGAUGAGGAUCAAGAGGAAGAACAAAAUGUAACGGUACAAUUAAAUGGGACAGCAAAUGAUUCCACACAAACCUCAACACAAAGCACAACACGCAUCUACGCGAGUAUAGGUCGUCGUACCACGACUACAACAACAGAUACUCCAACCACCCAAGAAACUCCAACUAAAUACAAUUUAUUAGAAAACACGUUUAACAACGAAACACCUGAACCAAAUUUACCUAUUACUACCACUGCCACAACAGCAAAAGACUCACCCACUCUAUCAAUAACCAUCAAAAAUACUAAUCCCGAUAUCAUGCCCAUUGUAACCACAACCGCCACAUCCACAUCCACAUCCAAUCCUACCAUUUCCACUACAACUGCUUCCGCAGCCACAACUACAUCAACCACAUCAAACGAUAUUGAUCUUAACGAUUCCGUACCCACAAUAACCACUCUUUCACCAAACUUUAAGCAAGAAUCAAAAGAGCCUUCACUCCUUUCACUUGAUGUCAAUCCCCUUAUUGAAAAAUCCGCCUCUAAGUCAAAUCCAACGACCGCAAGUGCUACUGAAAAAAAGGAAAUUGAAGGCAUUGAGGCGACAGCAGCCACAACCACUACGACUGAAACAUUGACAAGCACCGCCACAGCAACAGCCACCACUACAACGACUGACACUGACCAACCCCCCACCGUCGACGAGGUAACGAAUUUAAGCAAUAAUCGCUCAAAGACACAAUAUAAGUACACAACAAGAACACGAAAUGUAACAAUACCAACAACAACCAAAACCAACACUGACUCAGACAACAUAGAUGAUGAAAAUCAUAUUAACAGCACAAACAACAAGAAAAACUACAAAAUUUCAAGUGAAACAAAGAAAACUAGUCUGAAAGCGGGUAGUAGUAGUAGUACGAAUGAUAAGCUAAGUAGUAGUAAUAGAGGUAAUACCGUUAAAUACUCUGGUGGUAGAAGACAACAACAAUUGAACGAGUUACUAACUCGCAAAAAUCAAAUCCAAAAUCAACAGACGGAUCCCACAACGGAUUCCUCAACCAUCAUAACUACUACCGAAACAGCACCCACUAACGAGUUCCUGGGGCAAAUAUCUAGUCCUAGACCUUUCGGUUUCCCCAGGCAUCGUACGCGCCCGAACAGUUCCAAUCCAACAAAUACCGACGAAAUUAAGUCCACCACUGAGAGUGCGGAAGAAGAUGAAAAAAGCGUAGUUAAGACGAGGUUAUCAGCGGCAAGUGCUUCCAAAAAUAAGGUGAGUUCCAAUUCAGAUGUGUUGCAAGUACAAAAAGGAUUGGAAACAAAUGAAGAGGGCAGCACUACGCGCACCCACACAAAAACAAAAAUGCACACCCACACGCAUGUAGUAGAUGAAGUAGACGGUGUUAGUGGUAUAAGUAGAAACACAAGUAGUCUAAAGCAUGUUGUAGAUAGAAAUUAUAGAUUAAGUAUAAACGAAUCACUUUCAGCAGAACAGAGUGACAUUAGAGCGAAUGCAUCCAGUGAGGUAAAGAGUUCGAAAUUCGAAGGCAAUGCCGAACAACUCUCUAAUAGAACUAGUGACAGCCAAAUUUACGUUAAAGUUACACAGCCGAAUACGUUUUCUACAAAUUCCAAAGACGAGACGUUCAAGACAAGUAAGUAUCGCGGUAAAAGUUUGACGACAGAGAAUGGGUCAGAGGAAAAUGGCGUUUCAAAAGUGGCGGACGGGAAGACAAAUUUCCGUAGCCGAGGUUUGAAAAUGCUUAGCGAUGAAGAAGCCAUGGAGACAAACGGUGAGCAAAAUUUGGGUGUAAAAAUAGAAACAAAAGAAAUUACUGAAAUUGCCAGCUUCAACCGCGCUCAGUCUACAAAUACUACACUCAUCAAAGACACAGAUUCCGAACUGCCUCCUCAAUUCAAUAGAACCAUGAUGGAAACCAUAACGGAUGAAGGUAACGGCGAGUUGAAAAUCCAAAGAACUUAUACCACAAUCACCAGGAAUGCAGAUAGCUUGGAGCAAGAAAAUUCGAUUGCUGCUGGAGAUUCUAAUUUUGCAACCGGAAGUGCAUUCGUAUCCUCCAACGACAUCCAAAACACAACCACUGUCGAAACACGAGAUGAUGGCAGCGUAAUUCGUACAACAACUUAUCACAUAACUAAUACAAGUGAAAAUGGCACAGUUAUAACGACGACAGUCGAAGAGACAACAAUAACUAGAACAAAAGUAGAAAGCCUCAAUGUGGGUAGUAAUGUGUAUAGUGGAGAUCGCCACAAAUAUCAAACAAUAACACGUCGUACAGAGGGUCAUGAUCCAUCCACUGAAAACAUUCGUUACAAAGCCAUUGUGCGGGGCAACGAAGGUGUACACUUAAGCGAAGAUAAGUCUUCCUCAUUCUUCCGAAAUAUUGCAGAAGUUGCAAAGCAAGCGGAAAAAAAAUCUGAAAGCAUGUACCAGGGUAUCUCACGUGGUGGUCACUUACCGCAAUCUUUUCGUGAAAGCACCUCGGGACAAGUUACAGGGAUCGAGGACAAAAAUUCGAAAGCAGAUAACGCAACGCUCACUAAUGAGCGAGAUACAAACAAAUAUCACACAAUUAAUCGUACCCACUCAGCGGCUAUUAACCAAGAUUACUCAACUUUACAGACGUCAAACCAACGCGAAAACAGCCGCUUCACUGACAAAACGAGUAAAGAUUCCACUGGUGAGUGGGUUGGUGACAAUCUGUCAAAAUCACAAACGAGCUCCCAAGAAAUAAAUAAGCUUAAGGUGACAAAUAGUGUAGCUGCCACAAAUGGGUCUGCUGCAGCUCUAAAUAACAAAACUGCGACCCUUGAGGGCGCAAUGGAAGCUGAGAAUAUCGCGGCGGAAAUUUUUGACGCAGAAAUAAGCUUAACAGGACCAAAUUUAAAAAAUAUUUCCGCAGAAAUCUCAGUUUUUGAAACAAAUUCGAAAACCGAAAGAUAUUUCCCAAACAACCCCACAGAUCUUGAUUAUACUACUAUUUCUGUGGAAUUAACUACUAAUAUUCCAGAAGUUAGUGAAACAACUCUGUCCUCCACAGAGCACACUGAACAGCAAGUCAUAAAGAAGAAUUCAACUGAAAUAAAAUUUACAGUUCGAAAUAGACCUACUCCCAUCAAACCGCAUUCACCAGCACACACUGUCACCAGUACAACCUCUCGGAAAGGAACAACAGACAUCACCGAAGAUAGCUCCAUCGAAAAGCACCAGAAGGUACGAAGAAAACCAACUAUAAUCACUGCACCAGAAAUUACCGCCGCCAGUAAAGCUGCAAUAUCCUCAGAAAUGGGAAAAAUGUCUAACAAACAAGUUUUUACACGUUAUAAGGCUCUCUCAUCAUCCGAAAACGUAGAGAAAAACUCGACUGAAGUAAGAUUCAAAGUUCGCGGCAAACCAACUACAACUACAGAACCAGAGGUUACAGACUUCCCAGGAUUGAGUGAAACUAUAUUAUCAUCCUCCUCUGAAUCCGGUGAGAUUUCUAGUAAACGAAACGUUACACGUUACAGAACUGGUAUAACAACCGACGACAUCCAGAACUAUACAAUUAAAGCAAAGUCUAAAAUUCAAGGUGCAACCACUACAACCUUCAGGCCAGAAAUCAUUACCUUGGCAGAAACAAGUAGAACUAAAAGUCGAAGCAGACCCACUACAAUUGCAACUACAGCACCAAUUACGACCACUGAGGCUGCAUCGAAUGAUGAGAACUCGAAACUUCAACGUGAUCAAACUACAACCGUUAUACCGGAAACUACUGACGUCCCAGAUACAACCGAUAUCCCGCUGGAAUCGACUUCCGAAUCCAGCACAAUCGCGAAUAAACGAACCUUUUCUAGUAAACAUGGCGGAAUAUCCUCUGAAAUCGUAGAUGCAAACUUCAGUGAAGAGAUGACUACCAUUCCAGUUAGACUAACUACAACUACUGCACCAGAACUCACCACUCUCCCGGAAAUAGCGGAAACUACUAUAUUGUCGGCCGAAGUUCUAAAGCUCUCAACGACUGAAGCAACAUCAACCGACUAUCCAGAAACGACGGAAAGAAUUAUGGCUGGCUCUUCUGAAUCAAGUGAAAACUUUAACAACAGUAACUUCAAAAGUAACAGAGUAACAACGCCGUCUGAAUUUGAGGAGGAUAAGAUGACUAAAUCUAACUUUAAACAUCGUAAAACUAGUGCUUCCACUGUUAUUAAUGAUGAUGCCGUAUCACACACCUCAGCUAUCAGUCACCGAAACUUGGUGCAAUAUAAAGAUGAAACUUCAUCCGAAAAUGUGAAGAAAAUCAGUGCUGGUGUAAAGUCCAAAGUUAGAGGUAGGCCACUUACAACGACUCUCCCAGAAAUAAAUGAAACUACGGAGUCAGCUCCUUUUGAAUAUGAAACAACUUCAAGUGUGGGCACAACAUCUGAAGUGCUAGAGGAUAGCACUAAAAAAACAAACAAAAGCUGGCUUGGCAAAACAACAACCAUGGCAUCAGUAACCACCAUCUACCCAGACACAACCGAAAGUUCAUUCUCAUUUAUACCCGAUACAACCACCUCCGGGCCAAGUUUCGAGAUUCGCCAGGGUAGCACAUCGACUGAGGCACCAGAGGAUAAGUUUAUUCAAACAACACCUAUGGAUAAAGAAACAUCAUCAACAAUAGUAGCUCCAGUUACUACGGACACUCCAGAAAAAAGUAUAUCAACUGCAUUACCCACCACUGAAGCUAACGAACCAGUUAUAACCACAAUUCCGUUACCAGCGAGUAUUUUUGACUCAACUACAAACGACGUUCGUUUUUUUGAAAAUAUAACCACUAAAGCCCCAGAAAUAGCUCACAGCACCGGAAGCCAAGGUGUAACUUCCACUCCUGAGCAAACGACAACGGAAAGCAUAACCACGGCAGCCACCCCAAAGAGAAAUACGUCACAACAAGAAAAUGACGUGACAAAGCACACCUUUCACAAAACGUCUUUCAUCAAGACAAAAAUACUUAACAAAGUUUCGAAUGCAAUGACAGCAAGUGUCGGUGGAGCAGAGUUGCCUACAAGUGAGCCCAAAUUUAAAAAUAAGGCUCAGACUACACACGAGUAUGUACUAAAAAAUAGUGCUGAGGCUACAUCCACAUCUUUGCAUGGAUUUGCUCGAAAUAAAUUACGGGUAGCGGUAAAGCAGGAACAGAUAUUGCACAGCUCACAAGAAACAUCAUUAGAAAAUAUAAGUAGACAAUCCAGUGGCAAUAGCAAAGAUGAAAUCCAUAACAGCUCAACAACUGAAACUCCACACCGACGCACUACUCAUCGGGGUACCUACCGUCCAAGUAUGGAUAAGGAUGACUUGUCCUCCUUACUAUCUGUGGACGUAAAUAAACAUCGAUCUUAUAAUCGAACCCAAUACAACCUCGGAAAGGGAAUAGACGUGGAUGGUGUAAAUGAAGAAAGAGAAAAUGCCGAUUCGUCAAGUGAGCUUAGGCUCCGACAAUCGAAUGCCUCACAGCAGGAAACAAUCAACUUUGACUCACAUGUGAAGGUAGAGGCUCAAAAUGUGGACCAGGACUUGAAGUCAACAAAUGCAAGUGAGCACAUCAGAAGUCGUUCGAAUACGGGAAAUCGAAAAACUACUGUAAUUAGAAGAAGAAUAAAUAGCAGUCGAAAUGCUGUCAAAAUAGCCAAGGAGACAAUUGGAGUAAAUGGAGGUGAAGUAAGCCUUAAUUUAGGCAAAAAAGAGAGGACUAUAGCCACUUCCGGGUUAAAUUCAACUAAAACUUCUGCUACAGUGCAAGACUUAAAUCAUAAAGGAACUACUAAAAACGCGGCGGCUACUUUUACCUCUGAAGAGGUAGGAAACUCUGCCGAAAAUGGAUCUGAUCAGUCUGGUUCGAAGUCAGCAAAGCAAGCAGAUAGUAUAUUAACAGCGAGUGAGUCAGAAAAAGUUGACAUAGGAACGGAUGAAAGUUCUUUAAGCGAAAAUGGCAAAGGAAGAAGCAAAGACGGCCCAAAGAUCGAUGAGAAUAUUUCCGAAAAUGAUUCAUCAACAAAAGAAUCAUUAAUAGCAAGCUCUUCUAGCUACAAAGGAAGAGAUGCGAAGUUAGAUAUUUCUGCUCAAAGUAAUCAAAGCAGCACAACCUCCAAUACGGAAUCCACAUCGAAUUCAAAACGUCUCAGCACAGUUUCGAAAAAUUUAAAAAUAGUUGGAACUGACAUUAAUUCAACAUUGCAGGUCGCAACGGAAACUUGGAAUGCUGAGAAUACAGAAAGAAAUUCGACAGAAGCCUCUAAAUUUCCCGCAAAAGAAAUUAGUUCAGAUCAAUCAUACGAUACAAGUAACGGUAGUUUAACAAGGAACCGAACUUCUCUCAAACCAUAUAGCACACGUGCUAGAUAUGGCGCGCGUGCGCAGUACUCGAAUCAAGGCAGACUCAAAGCCGCAAACCGUGUUGGUAGUUCGGAAAGAGUUUCUGCUACCAAUGUAAUAGAAGAAAAUGGUGUCAUAAAAACUGGAACGCGUACCUAUAAUACAGCUGAUAAUGCGAAACAGAAGACCUUUAAACGUGUGCACACCAAAACGGUACAAAAAACUGAACCUGAAUAUGAGUAUGUAUAUGAGGUCGUAACUGAGAAGAUACCGGCCAGUACACCACGACCUGUAACACGAAACCGUGGUGGUGUACGCUUCCGAGAUGCGGAUUUAUCUUCACUUCUUUCACUAGAUUUUGCGCCGAAAUCAAGACGAAAGCAAGACAGUGAAAAGACGAUCGUCAAGACAAGAAGAAAAGUAAUUAGAAAACCACCUACUGUGAUGGAAAAUGACAAUGUUGAGGAAUAUGAAUAUGAAGAAAGAACCAGACCACCACGACCAACCACAACGAAUGAAGCUACUCCAAUUACGCGUCGGACACGACCUACAAGGCCAUUGCGACCGACAACAACAACAUCGCAAAGUGUUAGUGUGAUAGAAGGAGAGGAAGAAGUGCAACUGGAAGCGAUAACUACGGCGCCAAAACAAAUAACCAGAAUAGAGGUUUCUUUAAAGAGGCCACGUUUUAGGGAAACAACAAAAACAACCACUGAGGUUCCCGAGACCACCGAAUCCGUAAAGACAACCACUGAGCAAGUGAUACAGACAACGCGAAAAGGUUUUGCAUUCAGAAGGCCGGUGGCAACAACCCAGGAACCAACUGGCACUACUGCAACAGCAAUUACGAAAGACAGUGGAGCAACAAUAAAGCCAGAGUUACGCCAAAGAGUAAUAAAUUUACAAAGGCCGGUGAACACAACGGAAGAAGAAAAGGUGAAAGACGAUAAGCUUGACCCUGAAACUGCCUCGAAGCAAUCCGUUGAAAUUAGUACACCGAAUUCUCACAUAACUAACAGUGAUGAAGACGCAAUUGCGACAACCACACUGACUCCACUUGAAGCAACUACGUCGCAGACUACUAAAACUAUGCCUUCAACCACUACUGCUGAUGCUGUGACAAUGAUAACCACAGGGAGAUCUUCUGAAAUAACUUCGUCCCACAAUUCCAAAUCUGCGGAGGAUUCUUUUGAUAUUAUCAAGAAACAUAUCUCCAGCGCUAUGAGUACACUAAAUGAAAAUGGCGAAGGUAAUAGUUUCAGGAGUGGUACUACAACCUUAACAAAGACAACGCUUACAAAUGCAACUGCACAUAAUGACGAUGGUAAUCUCGCAACAAAUUUAGAAUCAGAAACGGGUGCUUCACUUGAGGAGUCGGUUUCGAAAUUGAAUAAUGAGCUCAGCGACAACGGUGAAGAUUCUUCCAUCUCAUUGCCAAUUUAUCACAGAAGGAAAUAUUACCAGUACUACAAAGAUUCGCCAGUGAUCUAUAUAGGCAAACCACAGCCACCUCUUUCGACACAAACCAGCUCUGUCGAUAUAAAGAAACAAAUACACGAAGUUUUUAAUAUAAGUAAUGACAGCAAUACAUCUGUUGCCUCUGAUGAGAGCAACACAAAUGAUGAGCAUUUUUUAUUGAAAACCCCCGGGUCAAAGUAGAUGGGCAUGGGGGCAAAAUCAAUCGGUUCAAAAUUUACAACAUCUGGAGAAGAAUUAAUUGAUGACCAAAACGCAAAAUCCGAAUUGGAACAAAUAUUUGCUGCAGGUAUUGUUCCAUCGACCAACAAGCAAGCCAAGGACGAAAUUGAUGAAAAGCGCAACGAAUCAUCACAUCGUGUUGGUAAAACCUUUAGAGAACAAAACUCCAAAAUUACAAAACUUUCGGCCCUUAACCCCGACUUAGAUUCUGCCCAAGCCAACCCCACUACUGAAACAAUAUUACAACAAGAAACACCGACUAUUAAAAUAACAAUACUUCCACAAGAUUCAGAUGAUCGAAACGAAGACUCACGCGCCUUGCGCAAUUAUACAAGAAUUAACCACAUACGUACUACAACAGAAACCUCCAAAAAAAGAGUUAUCAGCGCGCUAUAUCAAUUGCGAACCAAAUCUACUAUUGAAAACGAUACUAGUAAAACCAUAAAUGAGACUGAAGAGCAACAAUCAAAUAGGACACAGUCUGUGUCAGAAAAAGUAGAAGUGAUGCAAAAUGUUGAUGUCGAAAAUGAGAAGAAAACCACUAACCUAAAUGUUGUUAGUGCAACAAAUCGACGAAUUUUCAAUAGAUUUACUAAACCAACUCGUCGAUUUUCAACGAAAAGCCCAGCUGAUGAUCAAUUGAAGCAAGACUCCACAAACGAUGACCAAACUAUAUCCAGUCGUCCCUUUGCUAGAGUGAGUUCAACAAGAAAUUCAGCGGAUACCAUUACAAAUGAUCUCUCGGAGAGUACAACUAGACGCUCUUUAAAUUCUCUAAACUUAUUAGGAUAUAGAACAUCGACUGCUAAAACACCAGAUAAAAGCGAGUACAGUGAAAUAGAAUGGGAGAAAGACAAUACCGUAAAGACAACACGCAGGCCUUUGAUUACCUUGAACAGAUUUAAAGCUACAACAGAGAGAUACGCAAAAGAACAAGAAAGCAGCGAGGUAAACCCAACAGAAAAUACGAUUACAACAGCAACAAUAAGACGGACUUAUUCUGCAAUAAAUAGACUACCUCCCAAAUCCACUACGCCGAGAACAGAUUAUGAAAAUUCAACAGAGAGUUCAGAUGAGGAUAGCACUAGUAUUAAUCUAAGCACCGAACGCCGACCCAUACUUGCAGUAGACAGACUGCGGAGCACAACGGAAAAAACUGUGGAGUAUAAUCAAGCAACUCGUCGCCCCUAUGUGUCGCUUAUUCGUAAAGUGCCGACAACAUCAACCGAAAGUAACAAGGACGAGCUCGAAUUACUGAAUGGUAUUUCUGCUACCGAAAGCUCACCAGAGAAUGUCCCCACACUAGCAUAUGCAACCACAAAUAGAUUUAAAAACAAAGUUUCUACUGAAAGUUUUAUCAAAUCUAGUAUUGACGAAGCAGAGAAAGGAGAAGAAAAAUAUGAACUGAGCGGAGAGUAUACAACAAAGCGUACUUAUUUGGCUUUGAAUCGUUUGCGCACAACCACCGAAAUAGUGGAAAGUGCUGAAUCGAGUCAAGGCGAUGUAACAGAAAUGGCUGAAUAUCACUCUGGUAUUCUCAAAGAAAGCGAGAUUGAGAUCGCUGAACAAAUAGCCAAGCACAGUAAUAGCUCAACCUUAGAUGCUGAUAUUGAAGAUACUACGAUGAGUGGAGAUAUAAAAGAACAAAAUGCAGAAAGCGUUAUCCUAACUGCUACAUCGCGCAGGCCUGCCAUAAUACCAAAGCGUAUUUACACCCCAACCACUCCAAACGCAAAAACCAAGGAAACUGAAAUAGAAGAGAGUGGUAAUACUAUUCACAAACGAAUACAAAGCAGCACCUAUUCAGGUGAAACACUAAGUACUACAGCUGGUGAAACCGCAGUUCGUGAAUUUACACUUAAACCGACUGUAAUCCGAAGACGUUUGAAUGCAACGAGUACAACGCUGGAAACAGAUCUAACUACCGAUGCCACAGAGAGUGUAAUUCUACCUACAACGCGUCGUGUUUAUGCGACUUUUACUAGAACGCAAUUGAGUACAACAACUAUAAUUCCAAAUGAGUCGUUAGAAAGUGAUGAAGACACUUCAGAUACGAUGAUGGAAGGUUUCACUUCUGCCACCAAACUUACUUCUGGGCAAACGAAUAGACACAGGGCGCUUUUGUCGCAAGAAGCGGCAAAUUCCGAGGUGAUAGAAAAUGACACUGGAGACACAACCCGUGCCCAAAGAAACUUCACGACUUCGAAAACUGCAGAUGUCAAGUUAAGCAGCGAUGCAGUUACGCAGGAUUCAACAACCACAGUUCGCAAUUUCAAUCGCUCGAUCCGCUUUCGUAUUACAACCGAGGCAAGUGCGGUGCCAAGCGAAAAAGAAACCACUGAAACGCCGGCAGAUUCAACGAUUCGCCGCGCGUUUAAAACAUUCGAUCGUUCAAGGACAACAACUUUAGCACCUACGGAAACGUUGACAACAAAACGCACUUUUAGUAUUUUUAGCCAAAAAGAACGGCCAACUACAACAAAGCGGCCCUUAACACCAGCAAUAAAUAGAAGUAUAUACCAAAAGCACGAAGAGAGAGAUUUGGGCGAAGAGGAAUACAGCGAGGAAUACGAUGUGCUGAUAACUUCGGAUAGGUCAACAUUCCAAAAGCCUCAGACCUUUACGAGGCAACAACUCGGUACACGAAGUCCAUUUACUCGACCCUUCACAGAAAUUACAGAAACGUAUGAUAAAUAUGAGGAUAGUGAGGACGAAGACGAUGAAAGUUCUGUAGAAACUAAUGACCGACCACAGUCACUAAGGCGACUACAAGUACCUAGACCUUCAAAUGAACUGCAGAGUAGUCUAAAAAACUUACGAAAUAGUGUAAAACAAAGUGAGACACGAAAUAAAAAUGGCGAGGGAGUAGUGAACCCGAGACCGCAAUCACUUUUUACUGUCAGGGCAAAGACUAUAGAAACAAUUAAUAAUAGAAGAACGAAAAUCAUUUUGAACGAUGACGAACUAGACAACAAGCAGGAAAUUGACAUUGAUGAAGAGGGCAAUAGCAAGAGAGUUGCCAGGCCUUAUGUGAAAAAUAGAGUACCUAGUUUGUCCGCAAGUCGUAGUAAUACUAAUCGUUUCGGCACCUUAGCAAAUUAUUUAAGUAAAUCUAAAUCUAACAACACUCAAAUAACCGAUGAUGUUAGUAGUAAUGUAGAUAAAGAAGCGGAACGUGAGGCUGAUAAUCUGAUUGAUAAACUUGAUUAUAAUGAUGAAGCUGAUGAUCGCAGCUAUAAUGAUAAGGGUAAUGAAGUUAAUUCUAACCGACGUUUUCAGAAAUAUCAAUACAACCGCUCAAGAUUAACAACUACCACAACAACGACUACUGCUGCUCCUCCUACUGCCACGAAAGCACCAUCAAACCUAUUUUCAUCGAAGCAAUUGUACCAGUCGAGCAGGAAUAGAACAGCAACUACAACAACAAAUCAGGUAAAUGCGUUAGUAGAUGAAGGGGAUGAUGACAUUGAUGAUGAAUACAGCACAACCACAAUCACCGAAAGCACUCUGAGCUCUAGUCCAACUCCCACACUCAGACGGAUACGGGUUUUAAAGUACCGUCGUCCCAUCGGCGGCACAAAUACAAUUAGUAAUGCUACUUUAGUUAAUACUUUAAAUAGUGAUAGUAGUAAUUCCACAGUUUUUAGUGUUACUAAUACUACCAACACUGUUAGCCAUGGUUUAGAUACGCUCAACUCGAGCAGACAGAAAUUAAAUCGGACAAGAUUAGAACCUCUGAAUACCCAAGACUCAAAUGCAAAUGAAUCGCAAAGCGAAAGUCCAGUAAGUGCAGAUGUGGUACCCACUAAACGGUUCCGUAAAGUCAUACGCAAAUUAAUUCGGCCAGUUAAUCGCACUGUUGACGGCACUCCGGAAGUGCCAUUUACAGAUCAAUCGCGUGUUAAUGCCACGCGUUACGGUUCUAGACGUGGGAAUAGUUUCCGAGAACAUACGAUUGUUUCUGAGAAUGUGGGAAGUACGACCACUUCAUCGAAAAACUUUAGCUUAGAAAGUCUUAAUUCAAAUGUCACGUCGAACGACAGUAAUUUCAAUGCUUCUAGAACUAUUUUAUUUGGCAGAGGCAGUCGAGCUCGUUUCGGUAACCGCCUUAUAGCUAAUAGCAAUAGAGAACUGCCGAAAGUGGAUGAUGACGUUUCUGAAACGCACAAUGAAACAGAAACUGAAGAAGAUAACGUGAGUGUAACAACAAAUACGCCUUCAGUUAUUUCUACACUCUUAACAGAUAAAGACAGCAGCUCUAGCAAUAUUACAGUUGUAUUGACGCGCUUUAGUAGCACGACGAAGGGUGCCAUUGAAGAUGCACAAGCUGUUAAUGAAAACGAUAGUGAAGAUGAAAACGUAAAUGCCGAGGUAGAUGUGAAAGAUGAGGAUAAUGAGGAGGUGAGUGCAACAUCAUCCGCCUCCUCAGAAGAACAAGACACGGAUGUUCAACGUAGUCGGUUGAAUAAGCUUACCUUUACACGUAACAAUGCUGCACAAAUUACUCCAACGAAUUCUAAUGACGCUACAGUUCAAGAAAAACCACGACCCGAUGUUGCAUCGACACGUUUGAAAAAGCUAUUACCCGAUGACAAUACGGCAACCGCUAUAACCAGCAAUGAGCUGCAACAAAAUGAGAUCGGAAAAGCCGUUCAUGAUACUCAAACGAAGAGUAUAGCAUUCCGACGUCCAUUCAGUCUGAUUUCACAUACAAAAACUACACAAAACGAAAGUGAAAGCCACAGAGAAAUACUAGAAAAUGUAGAAGUAACAACGACCAAAGCUCCUUUUACUCGCCCAACGUUCCGCAGAAAAUUAAUCGCUAAACGCCCAUACGUCCCAGCGAAGGUUUCCGGUAUUACCAUUUCAACUAUAGUUCCGACUUCACCGAAACCAACAAGAAAGUUUGUGCGGCGCAAGUUCGGGCGCUUCCAUCCCUUCAAUGCCGUUAAUCGCAACAACGGCGAGGGUUUUGUCCGCAUAGAUCCACGAAGUCAACUGCUUCCAGGAACGAAGCGUUUCCGUCUUGAGAGCGGCAAGCGGGUACCUAUUCCAGAUACUGAAACUUUAGGAGAGGAUGACGAAUAUGAAGAGUACGAGGACGAAGAUGAAGAGGAAGAAGAGUCAACUCCGAAAACCGACCAAAAUAAAUCCCAAAAUCCCCUCUCACCUAUCUCAGUUAUUACUCUAAGACCAGUAACACGCCCGUCAAGUUUAUUCAAUAGAACAUCAACCACAUUGUUGCAACCGGUUAGGGACAAUGAAAAAAAAGUUGAAGAAGAAAAUGAAGAAGACGAAGAUGGUGAAGGGGAUAAGGAGGAAGAAGAAGAAGAAGAAGAAGGCGAGGACGGAGAAGAUGGAGAAGAUACCUAUGUGGAUAACGAUGCACCAAAAGACACAACACCUAAGUUCAAUGCGCCCACAUACCGGCCCAAGGACAAUCGUGUUCCACCAGGUGCAAGACCCGUCCUACCUUCUUCAUCUACACCAUCAUCAUCUACAGGUAAAGUAUCUUUUAACGGAAGAGGACGCCAGCAACCUAAUCGCUUUGCCUCAAGCACCUCAGGUAAUCGUUUUGGUUCAUCUACGCCAGGUAAUGCGCGCACUACAAAUAGACCGCGCGUCGUGAACCGACCGCAAGGUGUGGCACCGCCAAGUCUGCCAGUUAAACNUCCCCUCUCACCUAUCUCAGUUAUUACUCUAAGACCAGUAACACGCCCGUCAAGUUUAUUCAAUAGAACAUCAACCACAUUGUUGCAACCGGUUAGGGACAAUGAAAAAGAAGUUGAAGAAGAAAAUGAAGAAGACGAAGAUGGUGAAGGGGAUAAGGAGGAAGAAGAAGAAGAAGAAGAAGAAGAAGGCGAGGACGGAGAAGAUGGAGAAGAUACCUAUGUGGAUAACGAUGCACCAAAAGACACAACACCUAAGUUCAAUGCGCCCACAUACCGGCCCAAGGACAAUCGUGUUCCACCAGGUGCAAGACCCGUCCUACCUUCUUCAUCUACACCAUCAUCAUCUACAGGUAAAGUAUCUUUUAACGGAAGAGGACGCCAGCAACCUAAUCGCUUUGCCUCAAGCACCUCAGGUAAUCGUUUUGGUUCAUCUACGCCAGGUAAUGCGCGCACUACAAAUAGACCGCGCGUCGUGAACCGACCGCAAGGUGUGGCACCGCCAAGUCUGCCAGUUAAACCAAUUGCCACCACUUUUGAACGUACCACUCCGGUAAUCCCAACCAAACCGGCACCAUUUAUUCCAACCAACACACGUUCUUAUGAGCGAAAAUACAUAGCCACCUCCACAGAAACACCGGAAACUAAUAGCGAUAACUCACUUAUUGAAGAUCUAAAUAUUGAAGCACUAAAUGCACGCAACAAAAAGAUAUUUGAUAUCAACAGCAAAAAACACACUACCCUUAAACCGAAAAUCGCCAUAACAGGCAGUAAACAAACACCAACAGAUCAAGAACAAGAUACACAAGAUCUUACCAAACAAAACACAGAAACUGAAAACGAUGAUGAAUACACCUCAGUUGUUGGCGGUAACGAAGGUUACAUAACCACAACGCCACGCACACCCGCCUCCGGCGACACGAACACCGAUUAUUAUAUCAAUGCUAAUGAAAUCUCUUCACAGGACAAUGAGCCAGGCGCAGAACGUACUGGGUACACGACGCAACAAACACCUACCACGACUCUUUUGCACGUUUUCACGCAGACAGGCCACGACGAGCCAACACAUCGGCCACCAACAGCGAAUGCCAACUUCAUUGGCCGCCUUGUCCCCGAGAGAGCACGUCCGAAACACAAGGUGGUAGAGAUCAAUCGUAUUGUCGAGAUUACCUCAAAAGAAGACAAGCUACGGCGCAAAUCAAAGGCGAAUCAUGAGUUCCUCCAGCCGAUCGGCACGUCAAAUAUACGGGUCGAGGAAUUGCCCCAUGUAGAACAGCUGGGCGAAAUCAGCGUUGUGAAGUAUGUCCAUCUAGUCGAUGGCAGUGACAUUUCCAUCGACGGCCACAGCACAGUUACCGAUUACACUCCAACUGAGCCAACGGUCUCAAUGCCCGUAAGAAAUUCGUUGCCCGAGGGCGUACCUUACUAUGUGCCCCAGUAUGCGUACUCUACGGAGAGUGCACAAGCACGAACUACAUUGGAACAGCGGAAUGGUAAAGCACUGGUACCCGAGGUGAUAAGAAGCGCAGUUGAGAGUUCGACAAUAUCCUUGGAAGCCCUAUUCGAUGGCGAACGGCAAGGUAAAGAAUUAAAUUCUGUAAAUAGUGUGUACUACAUAUUCGGAUCAGAUGACAAAAAUUCAACCAGUACCAGUACCAAUACCGCUAACGUGAACGACAGUGAGAACGAAACCCAAAACAUAAAAAUCACAAUUCCAAAUACAGGUACAAGUACGUCUUUACCGACCUUGUUAACGAUGACCACCACUGAGAGUGCUUUGCCCCUUAACCUAAAUAGUGAUAUUGUAAAUAACAUACCUAACGAAGCAUUCCCAAAUUUAGAGUCCACAACGAUUGUAGGCAAUAGCUUUGUUGAGGAGAGCACAACAAACAUACCGCUCAUAUCAAACUCAACCACCAUUGAGGCAACACUUUCCGUAAAUGGUGCCGCAGAUGAUGUUAACAACAAUUUCUUGGAAACGACCACAGUUAAGACCGCAACAACCGAUGAUGGUCCUACUAAUGCAGAUAAUGCGGUUAAGUUAAAUACAUACGUAAGACCCGUUGUCCCUCUACCCCUGUUACGCCCUGAAUCCAAUGAGUCCUCCCCCUUAGUUAUUACAAUAGCUAAUCUUGACAAAGUCAUACUCAGUAAAGUAGAUCGCACCAGUUCAGCCGAAAAUAAAUCAACUACCUACACAGACACAGUCUCGCAAACGAAGACACAAACACUAUUGGGAGAGCCUAGACCCGUAGAUUCGAAUGCGGAGUACUCAAGUCGCUUUGCUUCCAUUAUUGAGGCUCCCACCAAUCUCGUACACGUUGCAGGUGGUAAAGCCAACAACAAAGUUGAGGGUAUGUCUCAGCACGAAGUGCACAGUGUUGGUAGUGGUAGUGGCAAUACUGAUGUAGGUUCUAGUGUUAGUGCGAGUAGUAAUUCGAGUAGCUUAAGUAGUGGCAGCAUAGUGACAGAAGUGAUAAGUUUUAGUACAAAGACGCAUGUUGUGCGAAAGAAGAAAUCUCGUAAACAUAGAGCGCGAAAAUUGGGAAAGUCCAGAAAGCGCCCCACCACCACAGUGCCACCAGUCAUCGCUGCAACUGGAACAACCUCACCGAGAGUAAACAGAGUGGAUGAGGGGUACCUAAGUAGCAGCAGCAGCACAAGCACAACCAAGUCUUCAGCUAAAACGGCGACAACGCCCAGAGUAAGGGUGAACACAGAAACUGAAAACGAUGAUGAAUACACCUCAGUUGUUGGCGGUAACGAAGGUUACAUAACCACAACGCCACGCACACCCGCCUCCGGCGACACGAACACCGAUUAUUAUAUCAAUGCUAAUGAAAUCUCUUCACAGGACAAUGAGCCAGGCGCAGAACGUACUGGGUACACGACGCAACAAACACCUACCACGACUCUUUUGCACGUUUUCACGCAGACAGGCCACGACGAGCCAACACAUCGGCCACCAACAGCGAAUGCCAACUUCAUUGGCCGCCUUGUCCCCGAGAGAGCACGUCCGAAACACAAGGUGGUAGAGAUCAAUCGUAUUGUCGAGAUUACCUCAAAAGAAGACAAGCUACGGCGCAAAUCAAAGGCGAAUCAUGAGUUCCUCCAGCCGAUCGGCACGUCAAAUAUACGGGUCGAGGAAUUGCCCCAUGUAGAACAGCUGGGCGAAAUCAGCGUUGUGAAGUAUGUCCAUCUAGUCGAUGGCAGUGACAUUUCCAUCGACGGCCACAGCACAGUUACCGAUUACACUCCAACUGAGCCAACGGUCUCAAUGCCCGUAAGAAAUUCGUUGCCCGAGGGCGUACCUUACUAUGUGCCCCAGUAUGCGUACUCUACGGAGAGUGCACAAGCACGAACUACAUUGGAACAGCGGAAUGGUAAAGCACUGGUACCCGAGGUGAUAAGAAGCGCAGUUGAGAGUUCGACAAUAUCCUUGGAAGCCCUAUUCGAUGGCGAACGGCAAGGUAAAGAAUUAAAUUCUGUAAAUAGUGUGUACUACAUAUUCGGAUCAGAUGACAAAAAUUCAACCAGUACCAGUACCAAUACCGCUAACGUGAACGACAGUGAGAACGAAACCCAAAACAUAAAAAUCACAAUUCCAAAUACAGGUACAAGUACGUCUUUACCGACCUUGUUAACGAUGACCACCACUGAGAGUGCUUUGCCCCUUAACCUAAAUAGUGAUAUUGUAAAUAACAUACCUAACGAAGCAUUCCCAAAUUUAGAGUCCACAACGAUUGUAGGCAAUAGCUUUGUUGAGGAGAGCACAACAAACAUACCGCUCAUAUCAAACUCAACCACCAUUGAGGCAACACUUUCCGUAAAUGGUGCCGCAGAUGAUGUUAACAACAAUUUCUUGGAAACGACCACAGUUAAGACCGCAACAACCGAUGAUGGUCCUACUAAUGCAGAUAAUGCGGUUAAGUUAAAUACAUACGUAAGACCCGUUGUCCCUCUACCCCUGUUACGCCCUGAAUCCAAUGAGUCCUCCCCCUUAGUUAUUACAAUAGCUAAUCUUGACAAAGUCAUACUCAGUAAAGUAGAUCGCACCAGUUCAGCCGAAAAUAAAUCAACUACCUACACAGACACAGUCUCGCAAACGAAGACACAAACACUAUUGGGAGAGCCUAGACCCGUAGAUUCGAAUGCGGAGUACUCAAGUCGCUUUGCUUCCAUUAUUGAGGCUCCCACCAAUCUCGUACACGUUGCAGGUGGUAAAGCCAACAACAAAGUUGAGGGUAUGUCUCAGCACGAAGUGCACAGUGUUGGUAGUGGUAGUGGCAAUACUGAUGUAGGUUCUAGUGUUAGUGCGAGUAGUAAUUCGAGUAGCUUAAGUAGUGGCAGCAUAGUGACAGAAGUGAUAAGUUUUAGUACAAAGACGCAUGUUGUGCGAAAGAAGAAAUCUCGUAAACAUAGAGCGCGAAAAUUGGGAAAGUCCAGAAAGCGCCCCACCACCACAGUGCCACCAGUCAUCGCUGCAACUGGAACAACCUCACCGAGAGUAAACAGAGUGGAUGAGGGGUACCUAAGUAGCAGCAGCAGCACAAGCACAACCAAGUCUUCAGCUAAAACGGCGACAACGCCCAGAGUAAGGGUGGUGAAUAUUGCUUAAUAGCGAUGAAGCCUGGAGCUUUCGUUUAGCUUAUUUCAAGAGUUAUUUUUGGAAAAGGGAAGUCGAAUCAAAUAACAGAAAGUAGUAGUAGUUGCCCAUAUCGAUUGAAAAUUGUUGAAGAGGAUCGAAAAGAAAUGAUUAUCUCUAAACAAUAGCGUUUUUUGCUUUAAAUACUCAUUAUAGUUUAUAAAUUUCUAGUCUUACCGUUAUUUUGUCCACAACCAUGACAUAUCGUUAUACAUAUAUGCUGAGGUGUAUUAAUAUGUUAAUAAAUAACUGUAAAUAAAUAUUAAACGUAUCUAUGAAAAAACCAUUGACUUCGUUUGCUUCUUAACAAUUUUUAUUUGAAACUAAUGGAAGCCUAGCAUUAAUCUCUCUUUCUCUCUCACACACACUAUUUGCUUUACGCUUUCUCUUCCAGCUCACUGUCACUCUCUUCUAGCCAUUUAUUUUUGUUUUCCUUUUAUACCCAAUGCAUAAGGUUGUUAGUGCCACAUAAACUCAGAUCUGAAAUCAGCUGACAAACUAACGGGGUGGCUUCUGAACAAACAUGAGAGAUGAUCACAGUACAUUCAUAAUUUGUUUUCUAAAGAUAUGUCACUUCUACAAUGAAAAAUUACGACAAAAGUAUAAUUUAUUCAUAUGUAUACGGGUAAGAAGUAUCUUCAAACAAAGUUUAGUCUUUAAGGGCCUAAAUUUCACUUCACUUUGACAAAAAACUAUCAAUGCAAACUUUAAACAAACAUUAUUAUAGUCUAAGCUUUUCGAUGGAGCAAACUUUGGUACAAUUAAGAUGGAAGGAAGGAGGAAAAUAUAAAUUGGAUCAUACUUGCAACUUGCAAACGCCUUUCCUAAAUGUUGCCCUAGUCUUUUUGAGAUAAAUGCUCAGAACAUCGACGACCACGAGAGCUUGAACCUUGAACGCGCCCAAACUAAAUAUUUUUAAAACUUAAAAAAAGUUAUUUUAGCGGGAUAUGUUUUGGUAGUCAUUAGGUUAGAAGAAGAAAGAAAUUCCAAAAGCACAUAUGAGAGUUUUAGGUCACAGUAGAUACCUCAGAUUACACUCGAUCAGCGACGACCAGAGAGAACAUUCACUCUAUAAGCUCCCAUAUAAAAUCGCGAUAAAUCUUAAAAAAAAUACUCCUUCGAAAUAUUUUGAUAGUGACUGAUCUACUACUUUAAUCUCAAGCAAUUCUAACAAACCCCAUUCCCGUUCUCUUCCACUGGUAAUUUAUCUGAAGUCUUUAAACCUCAGAAAUUUUAAAGAUUCCCCUCCCCCCAUAGAGGGGUACUAAAGCGGAAAAUGAGUGUGAGGGAAUUUGGAAAACCCUCAAUCUAACUAUGCAUUGGAUAUAAAGAGUAACACCUGAACAUUAAUAUAUUUUUUUUUCUUAUUUUUUUACCAUAACCUCAUUAUGCCUGACUAUCGUCGUAAAAUUUAGCUGAUACCGAUUCCAGUUUUGAAUUUUUGUAGCGGUUAUUUAUGAGUAAGCUGUUUUUCAUGGCAGAAAUACACUCGGAGGUUUGCCAUUGCCUGCCGAGGGGCGACCGCUAUUACUUAGCCUUUUUUUGAUGCUGGGUUGAACUGGGCGUGAACCCAGCCUAUGCGGAAGGGUGCGCGCACUAUUAACCACUACACUACAACGGCCUCUUCUCAUAAAAAUACAAUCGCCGUUCGGAGUCGGCGUAAACUGUAGGUCCCUCCCCCUUUUUUUUUGUGUGACAACAUCAAGGCGCACACCACAAAUCGGAGGAGAAGCUCGGCCAAACACUACCAUAUGUGAAAGCGCCAUUCAAUUAUUUACUUAUAAGUAAAUAAAUUAGUUACUUAUCCACACAACGGCUUUUUUACUCUGAGGAAUCGUUAGUGUUCAUGUUCUUCACAUAAA